CCUCCCGCCCUGCCGGCGUGGGAAAGCGCGCUCGCGGGGCACGCCGGGAAACGCCGGUCCUCCAAACACCAUCUUGCUUUCCUUUUAGCGGCCUUGACCGCGGGUCACAGCGUUCUUGAGCCAUGAAGCUGCUCAGCAGAGCCGGGUCCUUCUCGCGAUUUUAUUCCCUCAAAGUUGCCCCCAAAGUCAAAAUUGCACCUGCCUCCCCAGGAGUACCUCUGCAUCCCCAGGAUCUUGAGUUUACCAAAUUACCAAAUGGCUUGGUGAUUGCUUCUAUGGAAAAUUAUGCUCCCAUGUCAAGAAUUGGUUUAUUCAUUAAAGCAGGCAGUAGAGAUGAGGACUCCAACAAUUUAGGAACCUCUCAUUUACUACGCCUUGCAUCCACCUUGACUACCAAAGGAGCUUCGUCUUUCAAGAUAACUCGUGGAAUUGAAGCAGUUGGUGGCAAAUUAAGUGUGACUGCAACGAGGGAAACUAUGGCUUACACAGUGGAAUGCGUGCGGGAUGAUAUUGAAAUUCUAAUGGAAUUCCUGCUGAAUGUCACCACAGCACCAGAAUUUCGUCGAUGGGAAGUAGCUGACCUUCAGUCUCAGCUGAGGGUUGACAAAGCACUGGCUUUUCAGAAUCCACAGACCCAUGUCAUUGAAAACUUGCAUGCUGCUGCUUACAAGAAUGCCUUGGCAAAUUCCUUGUAUUGUCCUGACUACAGGAUUGGAAAAGUGACAUCAGAUGAGUUAAAUUACUUUGUUCAGAACCACUUUACAAGUGCAAGAAUGGCUUUGAUUGGACUUGGUGUGAGUCAUUCUGUCCUAAAGCAAGUCGCUGAACAGUUUCUCAACAUAAGGGGUGGGCUUGGUUUAGCUGGUACAAAAACCAAGUACCGUGGAGGUGAAAUUCGAGAGCAGAGUGGAGGUAGCCUUGCCCAUGCUGCCAUCGUGGCAGAAGGUGCUGCCAAUGGGAGUGCAGAAGCACAUGCCUUUAGUGUUCUUCAGCAUGUUCUUGGGGCUGGCCCACAUGUCAAGAGGGGCAGCAACACCACCAGCUUGCUAUGCCAGGCAAUUGCCAAAGGAAAUCAUCUGCCCUUUGAUGUUUCUGCCUUUAAUGCCAAUUACUCUGACUCUGGGCUCUUUGGAAUUUAUACUAUCUCCCAGGCUGCAGCUGCUGGAGAUGUCAUCAAGGCUGCCUAUGGCCAAGUAAAAUCAGUUGCUCAAGGAAACCUUUCCAGUGCAGAUGUUCAAGCUGCCAAGAACAAGCUGAAAGCUGGCUAUGUGAUGUCAGUGGAGACUUCUGAGGGUUUCCUGCAUGAAGUUGGAGCCCAGGCUCUCGGUGCUGGUUCUUAUGUGCCACCAUCCACCAUCUUUCAGCAGAUUGAUUCAGUGGCUGAUGCUGAUGUUGUAAAUGCUGCAAAGAAAUUUGUGUCUGGUAAGAAGUCAAUGGCAGCAAGUGGGAACUUGGGACACACGCCUUUCCUUGAUGAAUUGUAACACAGAAAGAGAGGACAGAGCUAAACUUUUCUCAGCCCAGACCAGCAAAGUCAGACUCUAAUUUAAUGUCUUUCUCUUGAUGAGGUAAAAUUCCUUAAAGCACACUAGUUGAUCUGGACUUAAUAAAGCAUUCUGUGAAAACGGU